UUAGAACAAUUAGGGGAGAACAAUAUUUACGUAGCUAAUUCUUACAACAGCCUGGGUAAAAUGUUUCAUCGUAAAGGUGAUCUGGAACAGGCCAGUGAUUAUAAUCAGCGGGCGCUGAAGAUUCAAUUAGAACAAUUAGGAAAGAACCAUAUUCACGUAGCUAAUUCUUACAACAACCUGGGUAAUGUGUUUUAUCGUAAAGGUGAUCUGGAACAGGCCAGUGAUUAUCAUCAGCAGGCGCUAGAGAUUCGAUUAAAAAAAUUAGGCCAGAACCAUAUUGACGUAGCUAAUUCUUACAACAACCUGGGUAAUGUGUUUUAUCGUAAGGGUGAUCCGGAACAGUCUGGUGAUUAUUAUCAACGUGCACUGAAGAUUCGAUUAGAACAAUUAGGAGAGAACCAUAUUGACGUAGCUAAGUCUUACAACAACCUGGGUGUUUUUUGUUCUCAUAAAGGUGAUCUGGAACAGUCUGGUGUUUAUCAUCAGCGGGCGCUAAAGAUUCAAUUAGAACAAUUAGGAGAGAACCAUAUUGACGUAGCUCAUUCUUACAACAACCUGGGUGCUUUGUGUUUUGACAAAGGUGAUCUGGAACAGGCCAGUGAUUAUCAUCAGCGGGCGCUGAAGAUUCAAUUAGAACAAUUAGGAGAGAACCAUAUUGACGUAGCUAUGUCUUACAACAACCUGGGUAAUAUGUUUUAUCGUAAAGGUGAUCUGGAACAGGCCAGUGAUUAUCAUCAGCGGGCGCUGAAGAUUCAAUUAGAACAAUUAGGAGAGAACCAUAUUGACGUAGCUAUGUCUUACAACAACCUGGGUAAUAUGUUUUAUCGUAAAGGUGAUCUGAAACAGGCCAGUGAUUAUCAUCAGCGGGCGCUGAAGAUUCAAUUAGAACAAUUAGGAGAGAACCAUAUUGACGUAGCUAAUUCUUACAACAACCUGGGUGUUGUGUGUUCUGAUAAAAGUGAUCUGGAACAGGCCAGUGAUUAUCAUCAGCGCGCGCUAAAGAUUCAAUUAGAACAAGUAGGAGAGAACCAUAUUGACGUAGCUAAUUCUUACAACAACCUGGGUGUUGUGUGUUCUAAUAAAGGUGAUCUGGAACAGGCCAGUGAUUGUCAUCAGCGGGCGCUGAAGAUUCGCUUAGAGCAAUUAGGAAUGAACCAUAUUAACGUAACUAAUUCCUACAACAACCUAGCUAGUGUGUUUUUUCGUAAAGGUGAUCUGGAACAGGCUAGUGAUUAUUAUCAGCGGGCACUGAAGAUUCAAUUAGAACAAUUAGGAGAGAACCAUAUUCACGUAGCUAAUUCUUACAACAACCUGGGUGUUGUGUGUUCUGACAAAGGUGAUCUGAAACAGGCAAGUGAUUAUUAUCAGCGGGCGCUGAAGAUUGGCUUAGAACAAUUAGGAGAGAACCAUAUUGACGUUGCUAAUUGUUACAACAACCUGGGUGUUGUGUCUUCUGACCAAGGUGAUCUGGAACAGGCCAGUGAUUAUAAUCAGCGGGCGCUGAAGAUUCAAUUAGAACAAUUAGGAGAAAACCAUAUUCACGUAGCUAAUUCUUACAACAACCUGGGUAAUGUGUUUCAUCGUAAAGGUGAUCUGGAACAGGCUGGUGAUUAUUAUAAGCGGGCGCUGAAGAUUCGAUUAGAAAAAUUAGGAGAGAACCAUAUUCACGUAGCUAAUUCUUACAACAACCUGGGUGUUGCGUGUUCUGACAAAGGUGAUCUGCAACAGGCCAGUGAUUAUCAUCAGCGGGCGCUGAAGAUGCAAUUAGAACAAUUAAGAGAGAACCAUAUUGACGUUUCUAAUUCUUACAACAACCUGGGUGUUUUGUGUUCGGAUAAAGGUGAUCUGGAACAGUCUGGUGAUUAUCAUCAGCGGGCGCUGAAGAUUCGCUUAGAACAAUUAGGAAAGAACCAUAUUAACGUAGCUAAUUCUUACAACAACCUGGGAAAUGUGUUUUAUCUUAAAGGUUAUCUGGAAGAGGCCAGUGAUUAUCAUCAGCGGGCGCUGAAGAUUUGAUUAGAACAAUUAGGAGAGAACCAUAUUGACGUAGCUAAGUCUUACAACAACCUGGGUAAUGUGUUUCAUAGUAAAGGUGAUCUGGAACAGUCUGGUGAUUAUUAUCAACAGGCACUGAAGAUUCGAGUAGAACAAUUAGGACAGUACCAUAUUGACGUAUCUAAUUCUUACCACAACCAGGGAAAUAUGUUUUAUCAUAAUGGUGAUCUGGAACAGUCUGGUGAUUAUUAUCAACGGGCACUGAAGAUUCGAUUAGAACAAUUAGAACACUAAAGAUUCGAUUAGAACAAUACAGCUGGGCGCUGUAUGCUUUAAACAAGACGAUCUAGAGAAAGCUGAGGAAUAUCAUCAUUGGGCCAUGGACAUAAUAUUGCAACGAUUUGGUCGGCCAGUUUUACUUUGAUGCAAGAAUUUAGACACAUUUUUGGUAAUUCACUUGAAAUACCCAGGAUUAAGAAUAUAAAGACUUCGGAAUCUGCAAUAAUUUAAAAUUCAAUGGAAUGAAUUUACUAAUUGUUUGCAUUAAUUAUAGCCCUUGAUUAUUUUUAAACAUCAGGUUUCGACACAUAAAGCUGUCUAUACAAACAGAGGCGUCGGGACCCGGGGGUACAUGGCAUGCACCCCCCAUUAAUGUUUCAAAUAAUCAAAAGUGCCCUUUAACCAGCAUAUUUAACAAUUAACCACCUUUAUACAUGUU